AUGCCUCGCAAAAUCGCCAUCAUCGGCGCCGGUAUCGCUGGACUAGCCUCUGCCAUUUCUCUCUCCAAUGAACUCACACCGAAGCUAUCCGACCUCGAGAUUAUAGUCUACGAGCGGUCAAAGGAGCUAUCCACCGCAGGAGGCGCCAUCAGCCUGACUCCUAUCGCGCAGCGUCAUCUCGACGACCUCGGCGUCCUAUCGAAGCUCAAUCAGAUGGGGCCCGAGGCAGGCGUGGAAGUCGACACUAUCGACCUUUUCGCCCUCAACUCGGGCCGGCGCCUGGGCCCGCUGCGACUCACAGCCUCCAAAGACGCGGGGUGCGACAACUACAAGGGCCGUCGGGUGAAGCGCAUCAGUCUGGCGCUCGCCAUGGUCGCCGCCAUCGAGGACCUACCAAAAGUGUCGAUCCUCUACGGGAAGAAGCUCACCGGAGGGAACACGACAGACGAUGGAGCAACACUGAUCUUCGACGACGGCACGUCAGCGAGCGCAGAUCUGGCGCUGGGCUGCGACGGGGUGCACUCGCCGACGCGCACGCGGAUCGUCGACCCCGGCAACGAGUCAAAGUACUCCGGAGUCUCGUUCGUCCAGAGUAUAACCAGCGCCGUGAACGCAUCGCAGCCCACCCGCUCGGAGACCACGUCCCUGCACAUCGGUCGUCACGGGUCCAUUUUGACCAGCUACUGCGACCCCAAUCGGGAGAAGCUCUUCGUUGCGGCCGUGCUCAAAGUGAACGAGAUUCUCAUUGAGAGGUACUAUGCCGCGUUGGAGGGGGAUGCUGCUGCACAGAACAGUAUGAAGAUGUCGCUGCGGUAUCUGGUGCGCACGCAGUCGAACAACUCCCGUAGCCCGGCCCUCCGGAAGAUGGUCGACCACGCGGAGGACUGGGCCCUGUGCCCUGUGUACCAGGUGCGGCCGGGUCGGCCGUGGCACCGUGGACGCAUUAUGCUGCUGGGCGAUGCGGCACACGCGAUGCCCCCGCGCGACGAAUCCACCACCCAUGCCCUCGAAGACGCCAUCAUCUUCUCACGCACACUUUCCCACAACAUAGGCCAACCCAUCGCCAACUCAUUCCAAGAGUUCGAGUGCGAGCGCCGCGCAUUCAUCGACAACGCCUUCGACGAGUCCUUCCACCUCUGGCAGCGCAACCAGGACCUCGCCGCGUCCCUCAACUACCUCAAAGACCCAAUGUCACCAAUUUCGCGACCCGCGUCGCCCGAUGUGAACGUUGAGCGAAUCCCCCCGCUUUCGGUACCAUUGCCGAUGAAUGAUAGUUUCUCUGAUCUGUCUGUUUGCUCGCUUACGCAAGAGUAUCUCGGGAGUCAUGGGAUCAUAUAG